CCCCGAGCCGCGGGGCCUUGCUCGGCGACCGGGGCGCCGGGACCAUGACUGCGCGCGGGACCCCGAGCCGCUUUCUCGCCAGUGUCCUCCAAAACGGGCUGGGUCGCUACGUGCAGCAGCUGCAGCGUCUCAGCUUUAGCCUCAGCCGCGACGCGCCCUCGUCCCGCGGCGCCAGGGAGUUCGUGGAACAGGAGGUGGCCGACUUCGCCCGACGGAACCCGGGGGUCGUAAUAUACGUGAACCCGCGGCCGUGCUGUGUGCCCAGAGUGGUAGCGGAAUACCUGAACGGGGCUGUGCGCGAGGAAAGCAUCCACUGCAAGUCAGCCGAGGAGAUCGCGACACUGGUGCAGAAGCUGGCGAACCAGUCGGGCUUGGACGUGAUCCGCAUCCGCAAGCCCUUCCACACGGACAGCCCUAGCAUCCAGGGCCAGUGGCACCCCUUCACCAACAAACCGACGAGGGUGGGCGGGCUGCGUCCCCGAGAGGUCCAGGAUGCCGCCCCAGCCCAGGGGCAAGCUCAGUAAAGAGUUGCCCCACCAGCUUCAAGUCCAAGCUUCGGGUUCUUACCCCAGAAGAGAUGAUUCUUCCUCUUUUGAUUCAGGGGAUUCCAAGCCCAGGUAGACACAUGGAGCCCACCAGAGGGGAAGCUGCUGCCACAGCUAUUGCUCGGAAUAAAGAAGUGAUGCCUAUUUCUUUAGCGUGCACACUGCGAGGGGCAGUGACUUUGUGAGUUCCCUAAUUCCUGUCCAGUUGACCUCCUUGAAACCCGAGGUUCUUCAAGGAAUUUACCAUGUCCUCAUUUCUGAAAUCCAGAUUGAUAAAGUGAUCUCAAAUCACAGCAAGCUAUUUCAAAGCGAGCUUCUGGAAUGUCUCUGGUUUCCUAUUUAUGCAGCCAUUGAGCUAGAGAGAAGUAGCACCUUAUACUCUGCCUGGCACUUUUUUGGCUAGGCACUUUAUAUUCCUGUGAAUGUUCGUGUAAAGUUGAAAAAACAGGUAAAUAAAUUUACCCAAGGUCACACUUGACAUCCCCAAAAUAUGUGCAUAUUUUAAAUAUAACCCCAUAUUUCAUUAUUGCAAGACCAGAAGCAGAACGUAUACUAACCUUUCUGGAUGUUGAGCAUCAAAGGCUACAUGGUUAGUCUAGGCCUGACCCUUGAAUGUGAGUCUCAGGCCAGGUCCCUGGUAAUAGGCUUGGCCCCAACUUUUCCACUAAGACAGGCACCUCUGCAGAAAUGAAUUCAUAUCUCUGGUGUGUGGAGGGCUGGUUCUGAAAAGCUUGGGAAGAGGAUUGAUAAAUAGGGAACAUCUAGGCUUAGCUAAACAAGGGUGGGAUGGUGAGGAAAAGAGCAAGGAGGUAGAAGACUUUGUAUGAAUUCUCAAACGGUUAUAAUUUUGUCAUGCCCCAGCACUACACUGAGAGAAGAGUGAGAGCCUUAAUAAAGGCCUGUGUACCUGCUCAGGGCAGUCAGGAUGGAAGCUGAGGAUCCCAGUUUUCUCACAGAUGGUUUUAUGGGGACAGUGCCAGCCUUGCAGCACCUUCUCCACAGACUCAGAAGUCUGUGCCCUGGUGAUUAGGAGAAGGCUAGUCUAGAUUAAGCAGACCGCUCACUCAUAGUUGUGGGUAAAGAGGGUAUUUAUUCACCAACGAGGCGGGGAGGAGCUGAGCCCAGGCUCCCCACUCUGGUACAUGCCUGUUCCGCCCACCGAGGGGGUGAGUGGGGGCAUUCCUAAAGAAGUAUAGCCGUUCUCACAAUAAAUACAUUCAUUGUAGGGGAGAGGUGGAAGAGGUCGGGUGAAGGGCAGUAAAAAUCGUGGGAUUCCACGUUCAACUACAAAAAUAACAGUCAUCCUCACCCAAAGGAAAUGGGGAAGCUCAGUCAGGAUUUGAUUGUCCCAUAUGGGCCUGGAGACUUCAGAGGCCCCUGGACCCUGAAUGUACCCCGGUGAGGUAGGACAGGGUGGGAGCCCAGCAUCUAAACUCCCAGCCUCUGCCCUUUGCAUAGUUCCCAGAACGGGCUUCACAUGCCAGGUGAGACAUCAGAUCUCUCCUCCCCCUGCUCUAGUCGAGGGGUGGCAAAUACUUGGUCCCCAAAAAGGGAGGCUGGCUCAUAGAGUGCAGUUGGUCACCCGUCCUAGGGUGUCUGCAAGGACAGCGGAAUGGGAGAGGGGUCUCCCUCUGAAAUGUCCACGGACCAAACCUGACACACACAGGUCUGAGGCAGCAAGGGGAGGCUCAGAAGGUGCGUUCGAGUGGAAAUGUGAGCACAUGUGCAUGAGGAAGGCGCAUGCCUAGAGCUCCGUCUGUCACUCCCAGAAUGACCCAGGUGGGUGGGAGGGCUGACUCACGAGGGCGGCAUACUAAGGGAAAAGAAAAGGGGAUUGAUGCAGUCUUACCUCCCCAGGCUGGCCUGUUCCCAAGCUCUUGCCAAAGAGGUCACAUGGGACGGACUGGGGAGAGGAUUUGCUAGGACGGCAUGUGGCAGUUGGGAGGGUACCCGAAGUCCAGAAGGUGGGAUAAAUCACUAGAAUGCACCAGGGUCGGGGUGGGGGCCCUGCAGCCCAGCUGAUAGACAUUCUUCCAUGUGCGCAUGUGCAUGUAUGCAGGGCUCAGGUGGCUCUGGUGGCUGGCAGAGGUCUUGUCUGGUUUCGGGACCAUCCAGCACAGAGGGCCAUACAGAGGGUGGUGACAGUGAGGCCAUCUGGACCUGCAGAGCCCUGCCUGGGGGAAAGAGGAAGGAUUUGAUUAGAUGAAAGGGGCAGGAAAAUGGUGUCCUCUCCUCCCAUGUUCUUAGGUCAUGGGAAUAGGAACUGGGGCUGGGUCUGCAGAGCACCAGGUCCCGAGGGAACACCUACCUCUGAGGAGCACCGGUUGGCCUGGGCUGCUCACAGAUGGGUCUGUGAAGACUGAGGAGGGGGCUUUGGCUGGGCCUGACUGGCCAGCCCUACAGGGACAUCAAAAAGUUGGGAGAAGG